AUGCAUCCAACAGCACACCUGAUCGAGGAUCACCGUGCUGGAGACGUGAUUUGCUCUGAAUGCGGACUUGUAGUGGGAGAUCGAUUGGUGGAUGUGGGCACAGAAUGGAGAUCGUUCAGUAACGAAAGAAGUGGCAAUGAUCCCAGUCGUGUUGGCGCGCCAGAGAAUCCGCUUCUUGGCGGAUCUGAUCUGUCAACCACGAUUGCUGUUGGAUUUGGAGGUACUGAGUCGGAUCAGAGGUAAGGAAACAGUCAAUAUGGUUUUUUAUUUUAAUUUUAAAAUUUUAAUCAAUAUAUAAAAGAGUUAUAUUUUUAGCGUAUAUUUUACGCUUAACAUACCAUUUUCUGCUUUUUAACAUACUAUAAUAUUUUUUAUGUUUUGUAUGGUAGUUUGUCCACUAAUACAUUAUUUUCAGUUUGGCCAAUGCUCAACGAAAGAACAUGAACAACACGGAUCGUCAGAUGACCCAAGCCAUCAGUGUGAUCCGAGAAAUGUCCGAACGUAUUCACUUAACCAGAGGAAUUCAAGAUCAAGCUGCCGAAAUAUUCAAGAAUGUUUUGGAUUCGCGAGCUCUUAGAGGAAGGAACAAUGAAGCACAAGCAGCUGCCUGUUUAUAUAUUGCUUGUAGGAAAGAAGGAGUGCCUCGUACUUUUAAAGGUAGGUUGAUUGUUUCACUUUUUUAAAAUUUAGGUAACAAAUUUCAUCCUUUUUGGAUAAAAUAAGUCUAAAAAUAUAUUUUAGGGUUUUCUUUGUUGUUUUGUAUUGUUUGUAAGCCUUUAUUAGUCAAAAUAGGUAAAAACGGCUAGGGAAUUAUCAUAUGUAAAGUUAUUGUCUUGGUUUCAAAGUUUAUUAUCUUUAAUUUCAGAAAUCUGUGCCGUUUCUCGCGUAUCCAAGAAGGAGAUAGGAAGAUGUUUCAAGCUAAUCAUCAAAUCCUUGGAAACCAACCUGGAACAAAUCACUUCGGCCGACUUCAUGGUAAGCUGUUGUAUGUAUCACAACAUACCCGUUUCAGAGUCGAUUCUGCGGAAACCUCGGUCUGACGAUACAGAUACAAGCAGCAGCGACGAGGAUCGCGAAGAAGGCGGUCGACUUGGAUCUGGUGGCUGGGUAAGCAGUCCAGUCCAUGCUAAUAUUCCUUUAGGCGAAGUCCCAUUUCCAUCGCAGCUGCCGCCAUCUACAUGGCCUCUCAAGCAUCUCGCGACAAGCGAACGGCCAAGGAAAUUGGGGAGAUCGCUGGAGCGGCCGAAGUUACCGUACGCCAGACCUAUCGGUUACUGUAUCCCAAAGCCAAGGAAUUGUUCCCCGAAGACUUCAGGUUCGACACUCCUGUAGAAAAUCUGCCAAUGUCAUAG